GUCGCCGUAGCAGCCAUCAUUUCACCAAUACAAACCUACUCUAAAACAGACGCGGAGAGGAUAUAGUCAUGGAAUUGCACAGGAAUACCGACUGAAAAGGAAGAUCCUCUCUCCACUCCUUCGCCUAUGCUUUAUUUUCCGGUGUGUAUCCGGCGCAGGUGAGUUUAACUAGCAGCUGCAAACCUGGUUUGACCUGGUUUCCCAGCAACCACUGACCUAAAAACAGCCGCCUUGGCCUUCUGAUUUGCGGAGGGGCAUAGUUGGAGUGGACCCUGACUGCCCUCUAUUUCUGAUAUUCAGGGAGGGGGAACGAGGCGCUAUUAAAUCCACCCAGAGCAUGGGGCAGAAGGUUCCGGGAGGCAUAAAGACUGUGGACAUGCGGGACCCAGCAUUUCGGCCUCUUAAGCUAGACCUGCAGGCCCUGGACUAUACCAAGCCCUCCCGUCUGGAUAUGUUGUUAGAUAUGCCACCAGCAACGCAGGGUGUUCAAGUGCAGCACUCGUGGAACAACGAUGACCGAUCGCUCAACAUAUUUGUUAAAGAGGAAAAUAAACUUAUAUUCCACCGGCACCCGGUAGCGCAGAGUACAGAUGCUAUCCGGGGCCGGGUGGGUUAUACACGGGGACUGCAUGUUUGGGAGAUCAGUUGGGCCAUGCGCCAGCGGGGUACCCAUGCUGUUGUUGGUGUGGCAACUGGAGAGGCCCCAUUGCAUUCUGUAGGAUACACUGCUCUUGUAGGAAACAAUAACGAGUCUUGGGGCUGGGACCUGGGACGCAAUAAUCUCUAUCAUGAUGGCAAGAACCAGCCCAGUAGAACAUAUCCAGCUUUUCUUGAGCCUGAUGAGACCUUUAUUGUCCCAGACUCGUUUCUAGUUGUCCUGGACAUGGACGAGGGGACUCUAAGUUUUAUAGUUGAUGGACAAUAUUUAGGGGUUGCUUUCAGAGGACUCAAAGGGAGAAAGCUAUACCCCGUUGUGAGUGCUGUGUGGGGACACUGUGAAAUCAGAAUUCGGUACAUCAAUGGUCUUGAUCCUGAACCUCUGCCGUUAAUGGACCUCUGUAGGCGCUCAGUGCGAGUGGCAUUGGGGAGGGAGCGACUGUGUGAAAUCAAUGGACUGCCCUUACCUGACUCCCUUAAGAACUACUUGCUAUACCAAUGAUGAUAGUAGUGCCUUUAACAACUGUAUAAGGCAUAACAUUCACCUCUGCGUGUCUCUGGGAUUUCUCUUUCUGGCAAGCCUGUUUCAUUACAAUAUUUUUCUGGUUUCAGGGCUAUACUCCAGUCAAUGGGUAUGGGACCAAAAAUAUUUUUUACAAAUCAGACCAAGAACACCUCACUAUAAAGUUUGAUGCUUUUACAAUCACAUGGGAAAUCCUUGGUGCGACCCUUGAUCUUGCUUCACUGGACAUUAAACUGAAGGCUUCCAGAACCAUGUGGCAUGUACUCGUCUGAAAACAAGAACCCUUGUCCUCUCUGCACAUGGCUUUGAGAAACCAACUGUUUUUCAAGGCCUUCUCCUUUUAUAAGAGGUUUUUACUCCGUCCUUGCAUUAGGUUUUUUUUUAAUGAUGUUGGCAUACCUUACACAUUCUUGUAACAUGUCAUUAAUUUAAGGGGUCUAUUUUGGAGCCUCUGUCGGCAAUGCAAAUUUGCAAGUCAACACUAGCCUUAACAACCAGCAAGUUUAAAUGGGUCUGAUGGUCACAAUGUACCUGGAUAAUAAUAUCUAUUCAAUCUGUAUAAAUUUUUUCCAUGUAGUCCUAAUCCUUCCCUGUGCAGUCAGUGUAAUAAAAGGUAAUUGAGUCAACUUCAGUGUAGGGGCUAUGGUCCGCUUUUAAAUGGUUAAAAAGAAAGUUAAAUCGCAACAUGCUCCGUGGAAGGCAAUGGCUUCCCCACUCGCUCCUGAAAGUUUAAAAAUAGCUUGCUUUCAGCUGCUAAUCUGACUGUCUGGCCUGGAAAAACAGUCUGACAUCUGCCUGUGAUGGGGGGUGAUGGGGGGGGUUGAGAGACUAGCAUUCAUGGAAACCACCAAAAGUGUGUAGUGCUGUUUUUUUUUUUUUCACUCCGUAGUCAAGUCUCUCUCCGCUGUUCACACUGCAAUAUCUGAAGUGCCUGGCUUAUGAGACUGGUACAAUUUUUAGCGAAGUAAUGAUUUGAAGUUUAUCUUGAUUGAAUCCCUGAGCUAUGUAGCAUAAAUGAAUCAAUGAGGCUGUAUAGCUUGCUCUCUUGAAUGGCCCCUGAAUCCUGUGAACACCUACAAAACUUCAAGUUCAUCUGGUUUUGCCUGUUUUAUUCAUAAUAGUACCGUUUUUAAACCUGCUUAAUAUUUGUUGUGGCAUAAAGCAAGUGACUGCUGUAUGGUGCCUUGUCGGAGUUAAUCAUGUCCUGAUGUUUAGAAAAAAAGUGAUAAAGAUUGUUUCUGCUUUUAAAAAUUUUUUAGACUUGAUGCAAAGAUGGUAAGAUGGCCAAUUAUUGUCACUUUUUUUUUCCAUGCUAGUCUUUUUAGAUGUAAAUUGUAGUUCAUGUUUGGCAUUCAUUUUGCUAAGUGUGAUGGGGAUCGUUUGGUUCCCUGUUGUUAAACCCAUCCUGCCUGCAGACCACCAUUCGCUUUGUAUUCCGUGAUGUAGAUAAUAUUGGUAACUAUCUAAUAAAGUUUAUUAUAAUUGAUCUUUCUUCCUAGCUGUGUUUUUGUGCUUUUUAAAUGUGAUUUUUACAACUUUGAUUAAAUUAUAUUGCAGAGACCAGAACAGUAGGGGAGGUUUGAAUGGAUGUUUAUACAACAUUUCUUGCCAGAAACUAGAUUGCAUAUAUUCACAAAACAAGAAACCUAUUUACAAAAAUUUGUCGUCCAGGCACCACAGUCCAGACUGAAAUUUAUAUUUGGGGGACACGAGACAUGUGCACACAGAGUUUGGUUAUUUAGGCAAAUGCCAACUGCGUUCUGCAACUGAAUUUAUGCUGAACAAAUUCAGGAAGCGACCACCGUAU